AUGGGGUGCAGCGCUGGCAUUCUCGCUCUCCAUCUCGCUAGGGAUGUUUUGAACGUGCACGGAAACUCCUUAGCUUUGAUUCUUAGCAUGGAGUCCGUCGCCGUCAACUUCUACAAAGGGGAUACCAAAUCCAUGCUCCUUUCCAACUGCUUGUUCCGCAUGGGAGGCGCCGGGGCCCUCCUCUCCAACCGCCCCCCGCUCCAAGUGGCGGGGGAGGCGCUGAAGGAGAACAUGACGGCGGUGGGGAAGGUGGUGCUGUCGUACUGGGAGCAGGUGGCGUACGUGUGGGGAGGGAGCGUGCCGGAGUUGAGGAAGGGGAUGGAGCAUUUCUGCAUCCAUGCGGGAGGGAAGGCAGUGAUCGAAGCGAUCAGGGAGAGGCUGAGGCUAAGGGAGAGGGACGUGGAGGCGUCGAAGAUGGCGCUGUGGAGGUUUGGGAACAAGUCGUCGUCCUCCACGUGGUACGCGCUGGCAUACUUGGAGGCGAAUGGGAGGUUGGAGACAGGGGACAAGGUGUGCCAGCUGGCGUUUGGGAGUGGAUUCAAGUGCAACACCGCCAUUUGGAAGUGUGUCUCUCCACCUAGGAUUCAAGCUUCCAAUGUCUAG